UCAAAAUAAAAGCAGAGAGGGGGACCUGAGCCUGACGUUGUUGUUCAAAUUAAUUUUUAAUUCUUAAAGUUGCUUAAAAACAUCUAAUCAGAACCGACCAGUCCACCUCAGAGGGCGGAACCGCAUUCAGAACCUAGAAACACUGAUGAGUUCUGAUCAUCUCCGCUCAGAUCAAACUGUCCUCACCGGCUCCCGUACCUGGAACACCUGACAGGUGUGACGGGAGCCGGUUCCGCUCAGCCUUACUGGACUCAACGAGUCCGGCUUGAUCCACUGCCGGACCAGGAGGGUCCACCUGCCGGACCAGGAUCACUGGACCGAACCGUCCAUGAAGAGUCUGAGCUGGACCUGGUCCAUUGGGAGGGAUUCAUGGGAGCAGAACCAGAACAGAACCAGAACAGAACCAGAGGAACCCAGGGUCCCCUCUGGCCUGGAAACAACUUUAUGGAGAAUCUAAACUUUAAAGCGGAGCUUCGCUUUAUGCGGGAAACCGGAAGUGCGGCGCUGCGCCGUUGCGGGAUGUUUGACGUCAGCUCCGGGAUGAGGCGGGAUCAGCUGAUGGGAACUGAGUCAGAACUUCCCGGACCCUCUCCGUCCGGAUCAGAACCUUCUCCCUGCCUGCGUCUGCCAACAGGUGGGUCACAUGACUGGUCGGAACCGCCGGACGGGACGCUGAAGGUUCGGGAAUCACGCGGUGAUUCUCGCGUGGAUUUUUCUAUCAAGUGUUAAAAAGUUCUGGUUCGGGUCUUGCACUCGUCCUGGUUCCGGCUGUAAACGGACCGAAGGCUCAGCGGGACUCGGACUGGAGGAAAGUUCCGAUGGGAAGAGAAGUUCUGAUUAAUCGUCAGAUCACAGCCCGGUUCUGAGCUCUGGUACCUGCGGAGGAGCAGAAAAGCCCAAAGAUGUUGCUGACAGACGCCGCCUCCGUCCACGGUUCUCCUCGGACGGCACCGGUCCGGGUCGACCCAGCCGCCGUUCCGGUUCUGGAGCUGAAACUGGGCGCGCUGGUGGUUCUGCUGUGCGUCACGCUGCUCUUUGGACUCGGUCCGCUCUGCGUGGUUCGGGGAGGCGGCCGCUGCAGCGCCGACCCAGAAGUCCGGCGCCGGCUGCUCAGCUGGAUCAGCUGCUUCUCAGGAGGCGUCUUCCUGGCCACCUGCCUGCUGGACCUGCUGCCGGACUUCCUGCAGAACACCGGCGAGGCCUUCAGGGACGCCGGCAUCAAGCUCCAGUUUCCUCUGCCGGAGUUCAUCGUGGCCAUGGGUUUCUUCCUGGUUCUGGUUCUGGAGCAGAUCGUCCUGGCCUGUAAGGACCAGUCCUCCUCCCUCCAGGAGGAGCGCCGCGCUCUGAUGGCGGACUCCGGCGUCCAGGCGGGCGACGGGAGCGGCCGCCACCAGCGCCGCCGGGGCUCGCUGGAGUCCGGCGGCCACGCCCACGGCGACCUGGGCUCGCAGUCGGCGCUGCGGGCCUUCGUCCUGGUCUUCUCUCUGUCGCUGCACUCGGUGUUCGAGGGGCUGGCGGUGGGGCUGCUGGAGGACGGCGAGGAGGUCCUGCAGGUCUGCCUGGCGUUGCUCAUCCACAAGAGCGUCAUCUCCUUCAGCCUGAGCGCGGCGCUGUCUCAGGGCCGGCUGCGGCGCGCCGUGGUGUCCGGCUGCCUGCUCGCCUUCGCCGUCAUGUCGCCGCUGGGCAUCGCGCUCGGCGUGGGGCUCACGGAGACCAAGACGUCGCCGCGGCACCGGCUGGCCCGCUGCACGCUGGAGGGGCUGGCGGCCGGGACCUUCAUCUACAUCACCUUCAUGGAGAUCCUGCCCCACGAGCUGGCCUCCUCCCGCGGCCGCAUCCCCAAGGUCGCCAUGAUGCUGCUGGGCUUCGCCGUGGUGACCGGCGUGCUCUUCAUCAGGCUGUAGCCCGCAGGGAGACGGGAACCUGAACGUGGGUCUGAAGAGGUUCCGGUUCCGUAGACCAGACCGUAACCUCAGAACCAGGACUUCUGGACUUAUCGAUCGGUGAGCGGCUGCCGUUUGAAGUUUUUAAUCCUCACCUGGAUCCGUGUGGAUGUAGAUCCGCUAAAAUCAGCGCCGGUCAGCUGCUUAGCCGGUUCCGAAAAGGUCCGAUUCUGUUUCAUUGCACAUUUGGGUUUUUAUGAGAGAUCUUUGUUGCGUCGACGAUCAACUUACCUUAAAGUUCCGUUUUUGAUCAAUCUUUCCCAAAUGAUCUCCAGUAAAUAGUUUAGCUUGAUGUGAAUCUGACACGAAACGAGACGACAGGUCCAGCUCGAUUUCAUGUCGUCUCGUUUCGUGUCAGAUUCACAUCAAGCUAAACUAUUUACUGGAGAUCAUUUGGGAAAAAUUGAUCAAGCCAAACUGCGUCACGUUUCCUCUGACGUUUCAUUUCGCUCCAUAUGAGGUUUUAGUCAUAGAUCAACUCAUCGUCCGCAUUCAGAACCGCAGAGUUAUGCAUCCGGGUCAUGACCCAGCUGACUAACGCUGACCGGGUUCUAACCCGCUCCCCAAACCCCGGAGCAGAGAGGAGGCGUCAUUACCGCUCACAGCCUGCAGCGCUCAGCUGUGCAGAUACAUUUAUAAAACUGGGUGAGAUGCUUUUAUUUUCCUCAUGCCGAUGUUUAAUUUCCUUCCUCAUCAUCCAUCUGUGGUGUAUUUUUAUAAUCUGACUGUAUAUUCCUCUAAUAAAACAAUAAAAGCACCAA